GUGCGACUGCCGUUAGUAUCGGCAACGGGAUCGCAAACAAAAAGUUCAGUUUCAGUUUCGUUGUUGUUUGGUUUGGUUAGUUUUAGUUGGUUAGUUGGAAUCUCAGGACGGCGGACUACCGGACUACGGAGAGACGGUAAACGGUAAACGGUAGUCGCGUUGUCCGGCGAAAGCGAAUCGAGCGUCAUUCUCUCUCCUUUUUUUCUCUCAGUGCAAAUGCAGACAACCCACUAUUUACCGUUAACUGUUGCAAGGGUUACAUUGCGUUCACACAAGUUACAUACAUUUGAAAUGCAAACGCCGCAAGAACGCAGCAUCUGUGAAAAGAAUAACAACAACGAACAGAGGAGCCGCAAGAGCAGGAGAAUCCGCCAUUAAAGCACUCGGAAGAAUCUGAAUCUGAAUCUGAAUCGAGCGCGCAGAAGAGAGAAGAAGAGAAGAAAGACAAGAUCCCGAUCGCAGCGUUGCGCCUCCUCAGCAGAAUCGGGGCAUCAAGAAGCUGCUGACACAACAAAAUUCUCAAAUGGAGACGAAGAAUCCCCCGCCGGUGACGAGCAGCUACCACCACCAGCGGGCGCCGCGCACCCCGGAGUCGUACUUUAAUGUGCCCGAAUCGGUGGCGCUGCUGAACAUCGUCAAGUCGGAGCGCAUCCAGAGCGCCUUCCAGUCGAACCGGAAGAACCAUGCCAGCGUGUGGGAGAUGGUCGCCGAGGUGCUCAACCGCUUCAGUGCCCGCAAGCGGACGGCCAAGCAGUGCUGCAAUCGGUACGAGAACCUCAAGAAGAUCUACACGCAGCUGAAGAAGAACCCGGAGCGCCACGUGCGCCGCAACUGGCCGUACAUGUUCCUCUUCAAGGAGAUCGAGGAGCAGCGCGGCGAGUGCUGGGGCUCCAACGGCAAGCGGCUGGCGCUGAUCUCCAAGAACCACAACGAGCUCUCCUACUACCAGCGCCGGCGGCAGGCGGCCGAGCUGGGGGUGCUGCUCAACAAGGACAACCUGACGCCGCACCAGCACAGCCUGCUGCAGAGCCUCAGCCAGAGCCAGAGCCACUCGCACGCCCACUCCACGGACUCCUCGCAGAGCGGGAGCAAACUGGAGCGCUUCCUGCCCAAUCACUUUGUGGAGGCCCAGCUCAACGAGGUGGCCUGCCCGGUCGGUGGCUCUGCGGCGGUGGCAUCCGGCGGCGGCGGUGGCGGCGGCGUCUUCGACGAGAAUCCCCUCCAGAUGCAUGUGGCGGCCGCCACAGCAGCCGCCGCCGCUGCCGCGGUGGCCGCCCACAAGCGGCACGAGCUCCAGAUGGCCAGUGUCGCCGGCGGCGGCGGCGGCGGAGGAGGAGUGGGACAGAUGGCCACCGAGGACGACGACGAGGAUGAGCCACAGCGGCCAGCAUUUAAAAACCACCUCCACGGCCUGGCACAUGGCCACGCCCUCGGGCUGGGCCACAAUCCCAUGGACGAUCCCGGCGAGGCGCCCGACUUCGAGAAGGACUGCAAUGGAGCCCUCAACAUGCACCACCAGAACAACAACCACCAUGACAACAACAUAUCCAUGAAGUCGGAGCCACUUUCUGAGGGCGAGUUCAAUCCGGAUGACAUCCAGCUGAUGCAAACGAACUACAAUGGGGCACAGAACUACUACUCACCGGGCCUGGACCCGAACAUACUGCACCCGGACGUGAUUGUGGACACGGACAACCUGUCCGACUGCUCCUCGUCCACCACGCUGAAGAAGAAGCGCAAGAUGUCCACCUCCACCGAUGGCGACAGCACCAACUACGAGCUGAUCGAGUAUCUGAAGCGGCGCGAGAAGCGCGACGAGGAGUUCCUCAAGCGGAUGGAUGCGCGCGAGGAUCGGCUGAUGAAUCUGCUGGAGCGCACGGUGGUGGCCAUUGAAACGCUGGCCGUGAGGCGGGCACUACCCUUUCCGGCGGUCCAGGAGAAGACGCCCACGGCAGCUGAUCCCUUUUCACCGCCCCCAGAAGCGCCGCCAGCAGCGCAGGUCAAUAACUCCGCGGAGCAGGGCAGUUCGGAACCGGAGGAUCAGGGAUCGGAGGCCAUUGAGGUGCCCGAUGACGGCGACAGCGGUGAGGAUCCCCACUGCCAGGAAAAGGCGGAAAAGGCAGUCGUCUUGAAAGGUGAAGAGACGUAGAA